AUGAGCUUGAAAAAAGAGUGGCAAGCGUGGACAAAGUUGAUGGAUUCAAGCAAAGGAGUGUCAGGGAUAGACUUUGACAGUGACACCGGUAUGUUUCAGGCACCUGAGGAGUGGUGGGACAAGAUGGAAUCGAUAAACAAGGUGUGCGCCAAGUUCAGGAAAAAAACCUUGGAACAUCGUGAGUUGAUGGAGACGGUCUUCAUGGGGGCAUCAGCUACUGGGAAGCACCAUUGGAGCCUGGGAGAGAAACUUCCUGAAGCUGCUGAUGACUCAUUUGAUUCAGUGCAUAGUUUGGAAGCCCAGCCAUUUGCUGAUCCGAUACCCAUAGGAGUACAGGACGUGGAUUCAGAUUCUUCACUGGAGCAUGUUCUGAUUGAAAAGGGGAAAAGGAGAAAGACGCCAUCAACAAGUGUUUCAAAGUCGAAGAAGGCAACAAGUGGAGCGUCAGUUAUUGCAAAAAGCAUGAACAAUCUGACAGAUGUGGUGUGUACGAAGAAUCAAUAG